AUGUUGCUUGACAGUAUUCCUGAUGUGAACAUUGAUCCGGAAGGGGUCUUUAAGUACAUUCUAAUUAAGAUUACUGAAAUAGCAAUUGACGAAGAAAAAGUUAUUGUAAGGGGCUAUGCGCAUUGCAAAUGGCACAAAAAUAUAUUCAGGGAAACGCAGCAGGAAGUGGGCUCCCAGUUUUCGAUAAAGUGUGUUGGUGGCGGAUUCAUCAAACAUGAGCCUGGGAAGAAGUCUAUCCUUGUUUACGGACACUCGCAGGCAAUCACUUUUUUUAUCAUUUCUUGUUGA